AUGGCAAUGAGAAGACAAAAGGUUCCAAGCUUCAUCUUCUAUGCUGUCGACUCUUCAUGUAGUCUGGCAUCCACGGUGACCACCCCGACGCUUGAUGCGGCAGAGAGUUUUGCGAUUUCUCUCCGAGGACGAGGAGUUGCUCAAGCCUUUCGAAAAGCGGGUUUGGACACAAUCCUGAGUUCCAAGGCUCCCAGCAUUCCAAAGCGCAAGUCUUCCAUGGAUAUGAGUUUCCGAAGAGUCCCAUCAUCUUCCUUUGCCAUGGAUCACCAAGAUUCCAUGCUCAAUGCAAGAUUUGACAUUGUAAAGAACUCAAAGAAGAACAACACAUUUUCACGGUUCGAUCGAUUUGUUUGUCUCGAAACCAUCACGAGCCCACGCUCGGCGAGCCGCAAGACAAGAGCAAGUUUGAACUCGGACACUCCGCUCGCUGUCCCAAGACGAAAACCCUCCCAACACAACUGCUCGCUGUCACUCAACCAAAGUUCCAGCACGCAAGAAUGCAACAUUCUAUCCGAUCUUCAGAACGCCACAUUCGAUAACUAG